GAAUAACAGCGAAACCGGUCUUCGGCAAAAUGGCUGACGAUUCCUAUUUUCAUUCACUGACAUUGUGAAUGUGGACCGGGGGGCCUGCAGCCGGCGAAAUGUGGAAAGAAGAAGCUCCCUGUGUGUAGUGUGAGGGAACAUGAGCCUCAUCUGAAAAAAACACCGAACAAAAAGUGCCCAGCGCCAAUGUAUGCACCCAGGAAGCUAGCGCUCUCCAUCCUCGGGAGAUGUCCUUGGCGCCAUUGUCACCGGAGACAUGGUGCGGCAGCUGCCGUCAAGUUGAGUGUGCGUGACGCCCUAGUGACCAAUGUAAACGGAGGAGCGAAGACUAUUAAAAUCCAGGGCUGGGUCCGCUCCGUCCGCUCACAGAAAGAAGUUUUAUUUCUGCAUGUGAAUGACGGCACAACAUUGGAAAGCCUCCAGGUUGUGGCUGAGCCCGGCCUUAAAGACAGUGCGCUCGGUUUCGGCUGUUCAGUAGAGGUCCGCGGGGUGUUGGUGAAAAGCUUUAGCAAGAAACAGAAUGUGGAGUUGAAGGCCGAGGAGAUUCGUGUAAUUGGAGAAUGUGACCCAAAGGAUUUUCCCUUUAAGACAAAAGAACACCAUCCCCCGGAGUAUGUCCGCCAGUUUCCUCACCUCCGCUGCAGGACAAAUACAUUUGGCUCCUUACUCAGAGUCCGCAGUGAGGCCACGGCAGCCAUCCAGCAGUUCUUUAAGAGUAAUGGAUACGUUCACAUCCACACCCCCGUAAUUACUUCCAACGACUGCGAAGGCGCCGGAGAACUCUUCCAGGUGGAGGCUUCCCACAGAAAUGGCGCACAGGAGGGUGAUGGGGGGUUCUUUGGGGUCCCUGCGUUCCUUACCGUGUCCGGACAGCUGCACCUGGAGACCGUGAGCGGAGGGUUCAGGAGAGCCUUCACCUUCGGCCCGACGUUUCGAGCGGAGAAUUCGCAGAGCCGGAGACAUCUGGCCGAGUUCUACAUGGUGGAGGCCGAGGUUUUCUUCACAGAAAGCUUGGAGGACAUUACGCAGGUUAUGGAGAAUCUAUUUAAAGACACAACCGCAGCAUUACUGUCCGCGUGCCCCGAAGACAUGAACCUUUUCUUUAAGUAUGUGUCCCCGGGACAAGAGGGCCGUCUGGAGCGAAUGAUAAAGAAUAAUUUCAUUGUAAUGACUUACACCGAAGCCUUAGAAAUUCUCAAGAAUGCGGCGACUUCGUUUCAGUACGAAACCGCGUGGGGAUGUGACCUGCAGACAGAACACGAGAAGUAUUUGGUCAGACAUUGCGGUGAUGUUCCUGUCUUCGUCAUUAAUUACCCAUAUGACCAACCAUUCUAUGCCCGUGACAAUGAAGAUGGGCCUCAACAUACGGUCGCUGCUGUGGAUCUGCUCGUUCCAGGGAUCGGAGAGCUUUUCGGCGGAAGCUUGAGAGAAGAAAGACUUCACAAACUGCAGUCACGUUUGGACACGUUGGGACUUACCGAUACAUACCAGUGGUAUUUAGAUCUACGACGGUUCGGAUCUGUUCCGCACGGAGGUUUCGGCAUGGGGUUCGAACGGUAUCUGCAGUGCAUUCUGGGAGUCGAUAACAUCAAAGAUGUUAUCCCGUUUCCAAGAUUUCCAUAUUCGUGCCUCCUAUAAGACUAUAUGGCGCAGAGAUCUAAUGAAUGGUAAAUGGAGGAAAGCCAUUCAAUGGGGGAGAUUUAUCCAAACCUGCUGAGUUGCCCAUAGCAACCAAUCAGAUCGCUUCUUUCACUUUGCAGAGGCCUUUUUAAAAAUGAAAGUAGCGAUUUGAUUGGUUGCUAUGGGCAACUGGGUAACUUUUCCUCUGGACAGGUUUUGAUAAAUC